UCUGGUAGUAAAUAACUAAAUUAAAUUAAUUAUUUUAAAUCACAUUUAAUCUACAAUUAUUUAUUUAUUGAAUAAUUCGUUCAUAUAAUUUAUCUCUCUAAAACGGUAACUUAUCCAAAAAAUGAGUCGCAAAGAAGCAUUAACACAAUUUAUACAACAAAUUCAUGGUCGUCCGGUUGUUGUGAAAUUGAAUAGUGGAGUCGAUUACAGAGGUGUAAUGGCUUGCAUAGAUGGUUACAUGAAUAUUGCUCUCGAACAAACAGAAGAAUACAUAAAUGGAGAACUUAAAAACAAAUUCGGAGACUCUUUUAUUCGUGGAAACAAUGUACUAUAUAUUAGUACACAAAAAAGAAAAGGGGUGUAAUAUAUUUUAUGAAUAAUUGUAUUUUUAUACUCAAUUUCUAUGCUUGUGAAAAUUAAAACCAUACAUACAAAUAUUUAUAAGUUUUUGUAAUAAAUAUUAGGAGCUCACWAUUAAUUAGUUGUUACUUCAUUUCCAAUUAGUACCUUAUCCAAUUAUAUUCAUUCUUAGAUAAUGUUUGGUUGCAUUUGUAUAUUAUGACAUAUUGUACCUAUCAGUAAUGUAAUGUAUAUUCAAAUAUUCAAUAUUCGAAUAUCAGUAUUCGAUACUACAAUGCCUCAUUUGUUUUAUCCAUUUUUCCAUGGCAAGCUUUUUACACUAUUUAUUAAUUAUUAUUAAUAACUAAUUCAUAUCUACACAACUAAAGAUAAUGUAUGUCAAUGAUAAUCAUCCUAAAUACGAAAAAAUGUUCUUAUCUUGCGGGUACCUGUUCGUAGUUACCAUUUAUUUAUAAUUUUUUUUUUUAUAACUUAUACAUUAUUAUCAAUAAUAAUUUAAUUAUGAUAUUCCAGUAUUUUGUACAAUUUUUAUUUUUGUAUUUUAAUAAAUUGCCCURUCAAAUCUCUGGUUUCGAAUCCACUUCUCGUAGGCCUUUAUGCACCAUAUUAUAAUAUUAUUAUUAAACAUUUUGUGUUGCGCAAAAACUUAAACGAAUAAUGUUCGUUAUGUAUUGUAUUGUAGCAUCGAAUACUGAUAUUUGAAUGUUCGAAUAUUCAAAUUAUUUACGACAGACCUAUUCGAAUAAUUCCCAUCACUAGUAGCUAAUACCUAUACACAUAUUAUGUAGUAUUUGUGACUUAUUCUAUAGCUUAAAUUAUUUAAAGCAUAAUAUGUAAUCUCAAACUUUUAUGAACACUGUACAUCUUUUUAGUAAUAAUAUUUUUUGGCUGCUCCUUCUUAGUUACUAAACUAAAAUAGGUAUAUAUAAAGAAAUGUAAAGACUUGCAUACAUUUAAGAUUAAGUUAUUAAAAACUAAUACAUAAACAAUUUUAAAAACUAAAAGCACUUACUUUCAAAGAAAUUAGUGAGAAGGGUGAGCUUGU